AUGCAUCGACCGACCACCACAUUUUCGAGGGCUCUGGCUCUAACAUUGCUGGCCCUAUCGACAGUCUGCAACGCCGAUGAUGAUGAUAGCACCCCUACGCCUACGGUCACGACAGCUCCCAUCUUUAUACCCUACUACAGUGAAGAUCAAUGGUCUGUUGUGCGGGGCAGUAUUAUCUCGACGGAUACGACGGCGACCCAAACGACAUACACCAUCUUUUGUCCUACAGCAACCCAAGUUGCUUGCGACUUGUCGCUAGAGUUUCCCUUUGUCAUUGUCGAAGGCCCAAGCACGCUCAAGUUCCACGGCACCUUGACCUCUACAUAUAUUGCCGAUCUGGAAUGUAAAAUGAACGGAACCACCGCCGCCACUUGCUCUGGCUACUCGAGCUAUCGAUCCGGCUACACGAACGGCAAGUACACUGGCCCUACAGAGGUAUCGUGGACUUCAACGUUGACGGGAUCCAAUGUUCACUGGGGCACCCUCACCCUCGCCGAUAAGCCGACCGAGACGGACGACUCGCUCGACGUAACUGGCACGGAUAUUGCUGGCCCGACGGACCAACACUGCCCAAUCCUCGAUGGGAAACUGGUAACCAGUCAACAGUCAAAAGGGCCGUCUCCAGUAGGCGCAAGUCAACCGGGCCAGCGAUGGGAAGACCCUGGUGAACGAUCCAUGGGCCAGAAAUCGCCGCAACUUUCCAGAUGGCUGGAUCCCGAGUCCCUUGCCUAUUUCCACCUCCCUACUGAUGGGUCGCUGUGCUCAACCGCCCAUGGCAUUGACGUCUCAUUUCACAUCAAACGACUGGUCAAUGGUCAGACUGAGUCUUUGUUCUUUUGGCGCGCGCAAACCAGUGCUAGUCGAGGUCGGACGACAAAGACAGCUUCACACAAUGAAACUGGACCUAUUGUGACCAAUGGCUUGUGA